CGUUUCCACCGUUAGUUUCCCUUGUUUUCCGUAGCCGACUUCUCCUUCGUUGUUAGACGUCAUAUUAUCGAUUAUCGAGCUUAGUUGCCAAAACCAUACCGAUGACCUCGUCAUUGUCGAGCACCUCGUCCUCGUCCUCGUCCUCGGACCAUCGAUCUUCGUCGAAUCGCAAAUAUGAUCUGUCCUCAAAAUUAGACAAUAAUGCCGAUCCCGCGUGGUCCGAAAGUACAAUAAGGGUCAGCGCAGGGGAGGCUGCCGGUCCGGACAGGCUCAAUGAGAACUCUCCUCUCCUCUCCCCCAGCCGAGACAAUUCCCUAGACGAGGGUCAUGAGGGACAGGCUGAAGAGGAGGAGUUCCAGACAACCAAGAGCUUAUGGUACCUACUACUCUUGACGAUUAGUAUUGGAGGACUGCAGGUCGCCUGGGCCGUAGAGCUAUCUAAUGGCACUCCGUACCUACUAUCUCUCGGUUUAAGCAAAUCUCUAAUGGCUCUUGUAUGGGUCGCCGGUCCGCUUACUGGAACUCUAGUACAGCCAUAUGUCGGUAUGCUCAGUGAUAACUGCAGAGUGUCCUGGGGGAGGCGCAAGCCAUUUAUGCUCGGCGGUGCUGCCGCCACGUCGCUAGCCUAUAUGUUUCUUGCGUGGAUUCGAGAGAUCAUCGGGGGGCUUUUCAGCUUGUUUGGAGUUGACUCCGAUUCCCAUACAGUGAAAAUCACCAUUAUUGUUGUCGCUGUCAUCUGGAUCUACGUUCUAGAUGUUGCUGUCAAUACAGUUCAGGCAUCUAUUAGGGCCUUCAUCGUUGAUUGCGCGCCGUCGCAUCAACAAGAGGCUGCAAACUCUAUGGCUAGCAGGCUUGUGGGUGUCGGCAACAUUAUUGGGUACAUCGCUGGUGGAAUUGACCUACCGAAAUAUGUUUGGUGGUUUGGGAGCACUCAGUUUAAAGAUCUUUGCGCCAUUGCGAGCAUUGCGCUUUGUUCGACGGUGAUAUUGAGCGUUGUAGCCAUUAAGGAGCGAAAUCCUCAACUUGACGGACGUCCUGCUACCGACCGACCUGGCCUUCUGUCGUUUUUUGUGAAGAUAUUUGCUGCGAUCAAAAGACUUCCACCGCAAGUCUCCAAGGUUUGCAUUGUCCAGUUUGCAGCGUGGAUCGGCUUCUUUCCCAUGCUGUUCUACACAUCAUCCUAUAUCGGAGAAAUUUACGUCGAGCCCUUCCUAGAAGAGAAUCCCCACAUGAGUCCCGAAGAGUUGGAUGAGCUUUACGAGAGGGCUACCAGAGUGGGCACCUUUGCCCUAUUAAUAUUCGCCGUCACCAGUCUAGCAACUAACGUUCUGCUUCCUUUCUUCAUCGACCCGACGUAUGAUAACAACCCUGUUGUUGCAAAUGCGCCCGGAGAAGCUCCUGCGCUUCUUGGAAGUUCUGUUUCCGAUAACAAGAGUUUCCUAGCCCGUCUAGUCAUUCCCGGGUUUACCUUGCGAAGAGCCUGGAUGUUGUCGGAAAUCCUGUUUGCUGGUGUGAUGUUUUGUACAGUGCUCGUCCGAACAGUUGAGGCUGCGACCGCGCUUAUUGGCCUUCUUGGUAUUACAUGGGCUUUGGCACUCUGGGCACCAUGGGCCAUCAUUAGCGCCGAAAUCAGUCGUCGCGAUAUUUUAUACCGAGCUCGAAAACAACAAAUGAGAUCAGUCGCGCGAGGUGGGCAGUUAGAUAUUGCCGACUCUGACGAUGGGCUCCUCGACGAGGAGUCUCAAUUGCAAGUUGACGAGGCGGAACCAGACCAAGCCGGUGUUAUCCUCGGUAUCCACAAUAUGGCUAUUGCUUCACCACAGUUCAUCGCUACUCUUGCUUCCAGCAUUAUCUUCCGUAUUUUCCAGAAACCAAGAGGCGUUCCUGGCGACCACAGCAUUGCUAUUGUCUUAGCCUCAGGAGGCUUCUUCGCACUUGUAGCUGCGUACUUCAUUCACAGAAUCCGCGAGGAUACGUCGAUACCGGCAGCUGCUGUUUAUGCUGCAGAACAAGGUGACCCAAUCGAUUCACGACCGAGUACAUCACAGAGCAAGAGGAGUAUCGACCGGCCCAGAGUCAGUUUAGAACAAGCGACCGUAGCUAGAAACAGUAGCUUCGGUGCGGGAUUGGAAUACUAAACAUGCCCCCGGUGGGCUAUCCUGAGGAUUGCUCACGAUGUUCAUCGAUGAGUUCGCGAAAGGUUCAUCUAUAUCUCCUUGUGUCUCCCUACCCGCAUGACACUCUGAGCCCCGCAGGCGAUAGACAUACACAAUUCAUGCUUUAGUUAUCAGGAUUUUUGGUUGGUUGCCGAGGGGUAGUUGAUGUAAAUUGCCUCAGAUGAUAUGUAUACCUAAGUUACCUUAUAUCUGUAGGUACUCUACAUGUAAUCCUUACAGCUCUUUUCAGCACGCUAAUAAAUGCUUGCUUAAAAGCUAAGACACGUUUUGAUCCGCAAAGAGAUCCACCAUGGGGAAUAGCGGGAAGUAGAACGGCUAGUAUGGUCUACAUAUCUGAAUAGGCUAAAUUCCACGACCCU